AUGAACGCCACUACCUCUCGAGCCGCGGUGCGCUCAAUGGCCACCUUAGCACAUGCGACCAGAGCUGCCAACCCCGCAGCCCGCAACCUUCUGUCAGGUGCUGCUCGUUCCACGGCCUUUGCUAGCCGGUCUCUGAGCUCCAAUAGCCGCCUUUCCUUCCCCCGCCUUCAAGUCCUGAACAGCAAGCGAGCAUUCAGCACAACCAUCAAGAUGUCUUCUGAAACCCGUACCGAGAGCGAUGCCUUCGGUGAGAUCCAGGUCCCUGCGGACAAGUACUGGGGCGCGCAGACCCAACGUUCGCUGGGAAAUUUCAACAUCAAUCAGCCCCAGGACCGUAUGCCCGCUCCCGUGGUCAAGGCUUUCGGUAUCCUGAAGGGUGCCGCCGCUACUGUGAAUAUGAAAUACGGCCUUGACCCCAAGAUUGGUGAGGCGAUCAAGCAAGCCGCUGCUGAGGUUGCUGAGGGUAAGCUGCUGGACCACUUCCCUCUGGUUGUCUGGCAGACCGGCUCCGGUACCCAGUCCAACAUGAACUCCAAUGAGGUUAUCUCCAACCGUGCCAUCGAAAUCCUGGGUGGUGUGAUGGGCAGCAAGAAGCCCGUCCACCCCAACGACCACGUGAACAUGUCCGCCUCCUCUAAUGACUCUUUCCCCACCGUCAUGCACAUUGCCGCCGUUCUGGAGCUCGAGAACACUCUCCUGCCUUCCCUCAAGAAGCUGCGCGACGCUCUGCAGCAGAAAGUCGAGAAGUUCGAGCACCUGAUCAAGAUUGGUCGUACCCACUUGCAGGAUGCCACUCCCCUCACUCUUGGCCAGGAGUUCUCUGGCUACGUUGCCCAGCUGGACCGCAACGUCGAGCGCAUCGAGGCUACCCUGCCCCACUUGCGUCAGCUGGCCCAGGGUGGUACCGCGGUUGGUACCGGUCUGAACACCUUCAAGGGCUUCGAUGAGGCCGUUGCUGCUGAGAUCUCUAAGAUCACUGGCACCAAAUUCGUCACUGCCCCUAACAAGUUCGAGGUCUUGGCUGCCCACGACUCCAUCGUUGAGGCCUCCGGUUCUCUGAACACCCUAGCCGCCUCCCUGUUCAAGAUUGCCCAGGAUGUCCGUUACCUCGGCUCCGGCCCUCGUUGCGGUCUGGGCGAGCUUAUCCUGCCUGAGAACGAGCCUGGCUCGUCUAUCAUGCCCGGCAAGGUGAACCCCACCCAGUGCGAGUCCCUGACCAUGAUUUGCUCCCAGGUGAUGGGUAACCACGUUGCUGCCACCAUUGGUGGUAUGAACGGCCAAUUCGAGCUGAACGUCUUCAAGCCCCUCUUGAUCCGCAACCUGCUGCACAGCUCGCGCAUUCUCUCUGACGGCAUGGACAGCUUCCGUACCCACCUUGUUGACGGUCUGGAGGCUAACGAGCCCCGUAUCAACUCCCUUCUUCACGAGAGUCUGAUGCUCGUGACCUGCCUGAACCCCGUCAUUGGCUACGACAUGGCCUCCAAGGUUGCCAAGAACGCCCACAAGAAGGGUAUCACUCUGAAGGAGAGUGCUAUGGAGCUCAAGGCUCUGAGCGAGGAGGACUUUGACAAGCACGUCCGCCCCGAGCUAAUGAUCGCCCCCAAGGAGCACAAAUAG